AUUCACUUGUUUUUUUGGUGUAUUUGACUGUUCAAUAUUUCAAUUAUUGUUAUGUUAUGUUAUGUUAGUGUAAUUGUGUUGGAGAUAUUAGUAUACUAAAAGGAUGACAUCGAACGCGUUGAAGGUUGACAACUGGUCACACUGCACCACACCUUCUGAGAGACCAUCAUCACAGCUGGUCUCCGUGAAAGUUGGAUGUUUUCACAUAAACCCUGCGUCCAUACAAGGUCGAAGGAUAUUUCUGCUGCAAAUGGUGGUUCUAUGCUUCGUGCCCCAUGCAGCGCUCAUAAUCCAGAACUGCUCAAUAAUGGCUCAGCUGUCGCAGACCUUCGACGCUUCUCUAUUUUUAAACACAGAGGUAAAUACGACGCUGUCGCUGGGUGAAAUGGUGCUUGCAGUUCAAGAUGAACGGCUUUUCGUUACAAGAUAUUUGUUCUCAGAUUACCAAGCGAUGGAUUAUUUUAAUGAGACAGUACUACAAAGGACAUUUUCAAUAACGGAUCGCUGGUUAGACGAGGAGUCUACGUUUCACGUCCCGAACUCCUUCAAGCUAGCGUUAUACCAUUUUAGAGAGGAUAUUCUGAGCAUAUCAAAUCUGAAGAAGGAAGACCUGUUCAAGAGGAUAUCAAUAUAUCAACAAAUAAAUGCCGUGUUGCUCGUUUAUCUCGUGAAAUAUGCAAGGACAACAAAUUCAGCGGUAUGGAGGCAGUUGUCAGCGACUUACGAACUCGUGCAAACAAUGGAUGAAUUAUCUAUUGCUUUUACCAUGGUUACGUUUUCGUCACCUGGAAAUUUGGAACGAAUUCAGAAAGCGCAGAACCAUCUGGCCGUAGCGCUGGAACAUCUGCAAUCGACUGUUCAAUACUUGGAAGUUGAGAGGAUCAAUACUACUGAUCUUGAGGAGAUUUUAGUAUUUUACAAAACAUCAACGUUGCUAGUUUGGAAUGAAACAAAUGUAGCUGAAGGUACGUGGCACUACACGUCAUACAACUUUACAGAGAAAACCUACAACUUUCUAGAACAUUUGAGAGAAAUUCAAAGCAACUUGUGGAUUAUAGUUCGCGAAUCAACGGCAACAGAAAUAUGGAACUCACGACGUACUCUAGUAUUGGGUGUGAGCGUACUCGCGAUAGUGCUGUUCGCGGCACCCGUACUCGUUGUGCUGCUGCAGCACACCCUUACCACUAUACAGAUAUUCACAGAAUCCAUAGAGCUGAGUACACAGCAGCUGAUGGCAGAGAAACAGAAGAGUGACAUGUUGCUGUCUAGGAUGUUGCCGAUGCCGGUGCUGAGGAGACUGCGAGCUCAGAGGACGGUACCGGCGGAGGCUUUUGACGCCGUCACCAUAUACUUCAGCGAUAUUGUCGGCUUCACCACUAUAUCUGCUAACAGUACGCCCAUGGAGAUCAUCAAUAUGUUGAACAUGCUGUACAGAAUGUUCGACGAUACAAUAAUGCAGUACAACGUGUACAAAGUGGAGACGAUAGGUGACGCGUAUAUGGUCGUAUCUGGUCUACCACAGCGGAACGGCAAUCGUCACGCGUCCGAGAUAGCGGAUAUGUCUCUGGCGUUGAUGCAUAGCGUGCAAGGCGCGUGCGUGCCGCACCGGCCGCUAGAGACGUUACGGGUGCGCGCCGGAGUGAACACUGGUCCCUGCGUCGCUGGCGUCGUGGGUGCCACCAUGCCGCGAUACUGCCUCUUCGGCGACACCAUCAACACCGCUAGCAGGAUGGAGAGCACAGGGGAACCAAUGAAAAUACAUAUAUCGCAUACGACGAAGACAGCCUUGGAUAUUAUCGGAAAUUAUAUGGUGGAAUCCCGGGGGAUGGUCGAUGUCGCGGGUAAAGGCUUAAUGGAAACCUUCUGGCUGCUCGGGAAAGUUGGGCAAAUGCAUGUGGAGAAUUCACGCUGCCGUUUGCAAGACUAUGACCAGAAUGUUCUAGAACUACUGAUUAAAUAG